GCUAACAACAAAAGGUCUCCAUCUCUAAAUGGGAAUCGUGCUGGGAUGCUGUGGGACCCGAUUCUGAGCACGCAGUCUAGAAAAUCAAAGAUGAGCACUUUUAAACUAGCAGAGGCUAUCGGAGCAUUGCCGUUUAAAGUAAAUGCGUUAAGUGCAUUUUAAGAUUUACUGCUGCUGUUACACAUUCACUGAUGUGACUGUGUCUAAUUGCUAAUUAGUAACAACUGUAGGCACAGUGUGUGGUCUUCAAAAUGAGCUGGCAAUGCUAACUGACUGAGGGAUGCUAUUGGAGAGUCAGCUUUAUAGCGGAACAUCUCUGCUUCCAGAACUUGCUCAUCUGACCAGCCUGGCCAGAUGUGAACUUGCUGCUGGUACAAGCAAGAGAGCCUAGAACCUCACCUUCAAAGUUGGUUUUUUCUUGUAAGAGUAUUCACUUUCUUUACACAGAAAAUGGCAAGAUCAGGCAGGGGUUUGUUUCUCUCACUGGUCUGACCCUGAUAGUGGUUUUAAAUUGUUCAUGGAAGUUGGGCGUUACUGGAGGUGUGAUGUAACAGAAUUGAUAAAGAUUUCUUGCAAUGUUUGAUUUUUAUUUCCCCCCUCCCCCAGUGAAAAUGAAGAAUUUAUAUAUUUUUAUUGCUGUCCUGCUCAUCCCAUGGAGUUUUUCUUUGGCGAAGUAUGAUGAAUUUGAGGAUGGAGAUGACAUUAUGGAAUAUGAUGAUAAUGACUUUGCUGAGUUUGAAGAUGUUAAUGAAGAUGCGGUCACAGAGUCUCCUCAGAGGAUCAUCACUACAGAAGAUGAUGAAGAAGAAGCCACUGUAGAGCUUGAAGGUCAGGAUGAGAAUCAGGAAGACUUUGAUGACGCAGAUGCACAGGAAGGUGAUACUGAGAGUGAACCGUAUGAUGAUGAGGAGUUUGAAGGCUAUGAAGAGAAACCAGAUGCAUCUCCUAGCAAAAAUAAAGACCCCAUAACAAUAGUUAAUGUCCCUGCUCACCUGCAAAACAGCUGGGAGAGUUACUACAUGGAGAUCCUGAUGGUAACAGGUCUUCUUGCUUACAUCAUGAAUUACAUCAUUGGGAAGAACAAAAACAACCGUCUGGCUCAUGCAUGGUUCAAUACUCACAGGGAGCUGCUAGAAAGUAACUUUGCUCUUGUUGGGGAUGAUGGCACUAAUAAAGAAGCUACAAGUACUGGGAAACUAAAUCAAGAAAAUGAACACAUAUAUAACUUGUGGUGCUCUGGAAGGGUGUGCUGUGAAGGAAUGCUCAUCCAGCUAAAGUUUCUCAAGAGACAAGACCUACUGAAUGUUCUCGCGCGCAUGAUGAGGCCAGCUUCUGACCAAGUGCAAAUAAAAGUAACAAUGAAUGAUGAAGAUAUGGACACCUAUGUGUUUGCUGUUGGAACAAGAAAAGCACUGGUGCGACUUCAGAAAGAGAUGCAGGACCUGAGUGAGUUCUGCAGUGAUAAACCUAAGUCUGGUGCAAAAUAUGGGCUUCCAGAUUCGCUGGCUAUCUUGUCAGAGAUGGGGGAGGUCACAGAGGGAAUGAUGGACGCUAAGAUGAUACAUUUCCUCACGCACUAUGCUGACAAGAUUGAGUCCGUCCAAUUCUCGGACCAGUUCUCCGGUCCAAAACUUAUGCAAGAGGAGGGUCAGCUUACAAAACUGCCCGAAACUAAAAAGACACUUUUGUUUACAUUUAAUGUGCCUGGUUCAGGCAACACUUCCCCAAAGGACAUGGAGUCUUUGCUGCCUCUGAUGAGCAUGGUUAUCUACUCUAUUGACAAAGCAAAGAAGUUUCGUCUGAACAGAGAAGGUAAACAAAAAGCUGACAAGAACAGGGCUCGCGUGGAAGAGAACUUCCUUAAACUGACUCAUGUGCAAAGACAGGAGGCUGCCCAGUCCCGUCGAGAAGAGAAAAAACGGGCAGAGAAGGAGCGAAUCAUGAACGAAGAGGAUCCUGAAAAACAGCGUCGGCUGGAGGAAGCUGCUUUGCGGCGUGAGCAGAAGAAACUUGAGAAGAAGCAGAUGAAGAUGAAGCAAAUCAAAGUGAAAGCUAUGUGACUCCAUUGUGAGAAGCGUCUCAGUGCCACCUGCAGAAUUUUAAUUCACAGGGUACAAAGACCUACUUAACUCCAUGAUCCUACACUUCUUUGAACACUAGUAGCCAUUAAGAGAAACGUUCCUUGCAUUGGUGUUACUUAAGUAUUACAGCAACAUGCAGGCGUAUGUAAAGAGCUUUGUCUCGGCAGUUUUAUUCCAGGUGAUAUAAAUUUUUGCUACUUGUCUGUUUUAAAAAAAAAAUUGCAAUAUUCUUGAAUGCUCUUUGUCAUUUUUUCUUUAAAAACAGAAGAUUGUAAACCUGUCCAUGUGUGCUGGUAACAUAUUCAUGCUUUGAUUUUAAAUUUUGGUUUUAGUUAUUGGGAGGGAAGGGGAAAAAACUUAAGGGGAGGAGAACUGCACAGUAAACACUCACUGUGCAUUUAUUUGCAUCACGCUUGUAAAGGCACAAAACUUAGAGCCUUCCAUACACUGUAUGGAUUCUUCAGGGACUUAAGCCCAGUAGUAUAGACUAGAUUUUUAUUUUCUUUUUUUUUUUUUUAACAAACAAGGGACUGAAACAGUAUUAGGUCACCUGUGGGCACGAUUGGCAUAUGUUGUAAAACAUACAGAUGGGUUAGAUACAAGGGAAUGGAAUACAUGAACAGUUUCCUACUUGUGGUUUUGAAUGCUGCACGCUUAAUACAAUGUGAAGUCUGGAAUGUCAGCGUGGUGUUUCUUCAGGAGCGAGCGCGUGGUGAGUUAGCAGCUUCAACUAGGUUUCCUUGAAUAUUUUUAACUGUACAAGUUUGCCUCAAAAACUUUCUUCUCCUGAUCUCAGCAGCUGCUGCCUAGUUCACUUCAGCCAGAAGCUAGAUUCGGUGAAGUAUCUGCAAUUGCCAAUUUCCCCAAGCAAGUAAAAACAUUUCAGAGGACGUGUAUCCUCUUCAUCUGGUAAAUGAUCACUUCAGGUUUUUGAAUAUAAAUGGGGAGAAUGAAGUGAAUGCCCCUGUGCAAGCACUUCACUAACUGAGAGCUCUGCAUUUUAUAAAUGCUUCCUGUCUAGAAGGCAUUUUAUUGUUGCUUGUAACAGACUUUUAAUAAUUUUGUGGGGAAACAAUGUCUUGCAUUUUCCUGUUCCAAUACUUUGUGCAAACUUGGUUCUGAGGCAAUAAGAAUGAGCUGCUGUUGAAACAGCAAUUGCUUAAACUUGUUCCAGCAUGGGAUACUUCACGCUGAUUUAAAUGCAAAUGUCUGUAACCUGGUACAUGCAAAUACAUUAAUUUUAUAAUGGUUGGUAAAAUUAUUUAAAACCAAAACUAAUGUAGAUUAUGUGAAAUUUUAGCAUUAUUUAGCUUUAAAGAUUAAUACGGUAUUGUUUCACAAAGUUCUUUGAAAAGAAAUGCUAGUUUGUGCUCUUUUAAAUAAGUGGACAGCUUUCCUGAAGUCCCAUACAUUUGUGGGCCGUGGCAGCUAAUUUUGUAAUAUGAACAUUCAAAUGAACAAUCUAAUGAAGAGUAAAAUAUAAUUGAAACACUC